CUCCCACCUAAUACAAAGGCAGUAGCCCAGCUGUCAGACAGAAGGGGAGGUGCUGUGAGUGUAACAUAGGGACCUGGGCAAGUGGGCAGCUUUGGACACAGGGAGAGGAACGGGUACCAUGUGCAGUAACAAAAUCCAGGCCAGUCUGCUGGUGGUCAGCUAUUCCACCUACUUACUCUUGGGUGCAAUCGUCUUCCGGGCUCUGGAGAAAAAUGCUGAGAAAGAACAGAAAAUGGCUGUAAUCCAGAUGAAGGAGGCUUUUCUGCAGAACUUCACUCGCCUCACUGCGGCAGAUGUUGAGCAGUUUGUGAAGAACCUCACCGAAGCGGUGCAGAGAGGAGUCUAUCCAGUAGGAAACGAAUCACAGACUGAACUCAGCAACUGGGAUUUUAGUAACUCCUUCUUCUUUGUGGGCACGGUGGUAUCCACAAUUGGCUAUGGCACCUUGUGUCCUAAAACGGCUGCUGGCCAGAUCUUCUGUGUCUUGUUUGCCUCAUUCGGAAUCCCUUUGAAUAUCGUUUUCCUGCACCAGGUCGGGAAGAUGCUUUCUCUGCUGUGUGAAAGGCUUGGGCGAUGGCUGUAUGCGAAGGGAAUGAAAAAGAAGAAAAUCAAGUUUCUGACCCUUCUCUUCUUCCUGGUAAUGGGCAUUCUAGUGUUCCUGUGUCUGCCGUCAUUUGUCUUCCAGGUAGCGGAGGGCUGGUCCUACAGCGAAGGAGUUUAUUUUGCAUUUAUCACCCUGAGCACCAUUGGCUUUGGAGAUUACGUAGUAGGUAAACAGCCUGACAGGAAUUAUCCUCCCUAUUACCGGUCUUUGGUGGCCAUCUGGAUUAUCUUUGGUCUGGCCUGGAUUGCUCUUCUGUUUAAUUUAUUAACAACAUUACUAGAAGACACUGAAAAAAAGUUGCCCAGGAUCUUGAUAAAAUGGGAACAGCAGGUAAAGACAAUAAGGAAAACCGACAAAGAUAUUGGCCCGCUAGAUUUGUUCCUGCAGGAGAACCAUCAUUACUGGAUUUUGGAGGAGCUGCACAGAAGAGAGGGUCCCUAGCAGCACAUUUUGGAGAUGCAAAACAAGGGGAAGCUAUUUUUUUCUUAUAGCAAAAUAUUGUAAUAACCCACUGGGACCAGAAUUAUUAAAUGCAAAUUACACUGGUCCAGUAUUGUAAGAACUAGACCAAAAGGAGUAAAUCCUGUGGAAAUAUACUGGGACUUCUUUGAGCUAUGUCUCUGUAACUCAUCCUUCUUCCCCUCCCUUGCGCCCUCUUGUGGCUCUAUGUGCUGCUAUUCCGACAGUACCUUUACCAGGAAAUGAUCUUUCUUUCCUGUUUCUAUCCAGUUUUCCCUGUUUCUCCACUCCAGCUCAUCUGAAGAAGUGGGUUUU